GUGCCUGUCAGAGUCAGUCCCUGCGCAGCCGCCGUCAACAAAACAACAGGGGAAGUAGCAAGAAGCUAACCUACCUAACGUUAACUAAGCCCUAACACCAGUGUGUUAACUAUUACCAGUCGUAUUGUGUUAACAACUGUUGGUUGUCAUUGAUAAAGUGGCGGAGUGACUUUUUUCGGUUUUUCUGUCGCCAUGGAGUGAGAGGGAACGAUAAGCACGAGCCGCGGCGUGCUAACUUCUAUGAUACCAGGCUAGCAAACCAUCAGCUGUUGUUUUGGUGGCAUAGACAGUUGGCUAACAAGCCAAACUGCAUUUUAUUGAAGCCGUCAGCUACGCCAGGACCAGACCAGCUUCCCUAUCUGCCUGUUGAAACACGGAACUGCUCCGUCGGUUAAUGGCGACAUAUAAAGACGUACCACCCUAACAGGUUCAUCAGCGGUCCGUUAGUCAGCUGUUGUCUGGCGGGCGUCGACUCAGCGUGGGGUUGUUCCGUCAGAAGCGUUCGGUAGUUGAUUCUGCACAAUCAAUCAAGAUGCAUGACGCGUACGAACCAGUGCCUAUUCUGGAAAAGCUUCCUCUUCAGAUAGACUGUCUUGCAGCCUGGGAGGACUGUCUUCUUGUUGGAACAAAACCAGGACAUCUGCUCCUGUACCGGAUAAAAAAAGAUGCAGGUACCAACCGGUUUGAGGUGACACUGGAAAAAUCCCACAAGAACUUCUCAAAAAAGAUUCAACAGCUUUACGUCGUCGCUCAGUACAAAAUCCUUGUCAGUCUUCUUGAGAACAACAUCUACGUCCACGACCUCCUGACCUUCCAGCAGAUCACUUUGCUGUCAAAAGCCAAAGGAGCCACACUCUUUGCAUGUGACCUGCAGAAAACAGAUUCAGGAGAGGAAAGGUUGAGAAUGUGCGUCGCAGUGAAGAAGAAACUCCAGCUGUAUUACUGGAAGGACAGGGAGUUCCAUGAGCUGCAGGGCGACUUUGGUGCACCAGAUAUUCCAAAGUCCAUGGCUUGGUGUGGAAACUCCAUAUGUGUUGGUUUUAAGAGAGACUAUUACCUUAUCCGGAUGAACUUAACUAAGGUUGACGGCCGUGGCUCCAUUAAGGAGCUGUUCCCCACUGGGAAGCAGUUGGAGCCUCUGGUUGCACCACUGGCUGAUGGGAAGGUGGCUGUCGGGCAGGAUGACCUCACUGUGGUCUUGAAUGAAGAGGGCGUUUGCACCCAGAAGUGUGCACUGAACUGGACAGACAUCCCCAUAGCCAUGGAUCACCAGUCUCCGUACAUCAUCGCUGUUCUUCCUCGGUACGUGGAGAUCCGGACCUUUGAGCCGAGACUGCUGGUGCAGAGUGUGGAGCUGCAGAGACCUCGCUUCAUCACCUCAGCAGGGCAAAACAUUGUGUAUGUUGCCAGCAACCACUUUGUUUGGCGCCUGGUGCCUGUGUCAAUCGCUAGCCAAAUCCGGCAGCUUCUUCAGGACAAACAGUUUGAGCUGGCUCUUCAGCUGGCGAAGAUGAAAGAUGAUUCAGAUGGUGAUAAGAAGCAGCAGAUCCAUCACAUCCAGAAUCUCUACGCCUUCAAUCUGUUUUGCCAGAAGAGAUUUGAUGACUCCAUGCAAGUGUUUGCCAAACUCGGCACAGAUCCCACCCAUGUGAUUGGACUGUACCCGGACCUGCUCCCAGCAGACUACCGCAAACAGCUGCACUAUCCCAACCCACUGCCUACACUGUCAGGUGCAGAGCUGGAGAAGGCUCAUCUCGCUCUCAUCGAUUACCUCACCCAGAAACGUAGCCACCUGGUGAAACAGCUGAAUGACUCUGACCCAUCCACAACGUCUCCACUCAUGGAGGGCACACCAACUAUAAAAAGCCGCAAAAAACUCCUGCAGAUCAUUGAUACCACACUGCUGAAAUGUUACCUGCAUACCAAUGUGGCCCUGGUGUCACCACUCCUACGUCUGGAGAACAACCACUGCCACAUUGACGAGAGUGAGUGCGUGCUGAAGAAGGCUCAUAAGUACAGCGAGCUCAUUAUUCUUUAUGAGAAGAAGGGCCUGCACCGGAAAGCUCUGCAGGUUCUGCUGGACCAGUCCACCAAGGCCAACUCUCCUCUGAAGGGCCACGAACGAACAGUGGAGUACCUUCAAAGACUGGGUGUGGAGAACCUGGGCAUUAUCUUUGAGUUUUCACCCUGGGUGUUGAAGAUCUGUCCUGAGGAUGGCCUGAAGAUUUUCACUGAGGACCUGAUAGAGGUGGAGACAUUGCCCCGGGACAAGGUGCUGAACUUCCUGAGGCAGGGGUUUACGGAGCUCGCCCUCCCAUACCUGGAGCACAUCAUCCACGUGUGGGAAGAGAAGGGGCCGGAAUUUCACAACGUUCUGAUCCAGCUCUAUCUGGAGAGGGUUCAAGUCCUCAUGAAAGAUUACCUGAAUUCGCUGCCAGAAGGGGUUCCAGCUGUUGCUGCAGGAAAAGAGAAAGGCCAACUGGGAGAGUUUAGAAAGAAGCUGCUGUCCUUCUUGGAUGUUUCGACCAGCUACGAACCAUCCAGACUUAUCAGUGACUUUCCCUUCGAUGGCCUGUUGGAGGAGCGAGCUCUGCUUCUGGGUCGGAUGGGUAAACACGAGCAGGCGCUCAUCAUCUACGUGCACGUCCUGAAAGACAUUCACAUGGCUGAAGAAUACUGUCACCGGCACUACAACAGUUCACUUGAAGGAAAUAAAGAUGUUUAUCUGUCUCUGCUGCGAAUGUACCUGUCACCUCCUGAUGUCCACUGUCUGGGGCCUAUUAAGAUGGAGCUGUCUGGGCCUCAAGCCAACCUCCAGGCAGCUCUGCAGGUCCUGGAGCUGCACCACAGCAAGCUGAACACCACCAAGGCCAUUAAUCUGCUCCCAGCAAACACUCAGAUCCGAGAGAUCCGGGUUUUCCUGGAGAGCGUCCUGGAGGAGAAGGCUCAGAGGAAACGCUGUAACCAGGUGCUGAAGAGUCUGCUGCAGGCCGAGUUCCUCAGGGUGCAGGAGGAGCGAAUCUUCCACCAGCAGGUGAAGUGUGUCAUCACAGAGGAGAAGACCUGCAGAGUUUGCAAAAAGAAAAUAGGCAACAGUGCAUUUGCCAGGUAUCCCAACGGUGUAGUGGUUCAUUACUUCUGCUGCAAGGACCGCACCGUGUGUCCCACUGAGCAGUAACGGCCUCUCCUCGCUCAGACUGUUUACUCAUAAACCUUCUUCCUCCCCCUCCUCCUCGGGGACUUGAGACGUCCAUGAAGUAGAAACGCAUCAGAAGGUUGAAGUUGCUCGCCACUGGACACUUGUCUGUCUCCACAGCUCUCUCUUUUUACCUGGGUUCUGCUUGACUCACUGUAGACGAAAGCCAAGGCUGUAGCUUUUCUGACUCUGUGCAUGAGGUAACGGGAGGAAUGUCCACACUUGCUCGGCAGGAGGAGAGACUGAGGAGAAAGAGGGAGCUGGACUGUGACCUUUGAACAACGUGCCACUGUACUGCUAGAAGGGAAACCUGUCGCUUCAGAUGACUUUUGAUAGAAGACGAGGAGCUGAAACAACAGAUUCUCACGAGGAGAUAAUUAGAAACUGUGGUCGGUAGUUUUCGUUCCUCUGUCUCGUAGACCCGGUUCAGACCUGUUGUUCACCUCCAUCCUGAGUGAUACGAUCAUGGACAAAUCACGGCAGGUUCAAAAACCACAUUCUGAAGUGGUUUGAAGAUGCAUGAACGCAAUCUGUCCUCAAAAAAAGAGCUGACGUACACUGAUUCUGUAGCUAGAAACACAUUAAUAACACUGAGCGUCACAUGAUUUCAGUUUUUCCCGUAUUUCAUGUUAUAGCAGCGUGAGUAGAGCAAUCUGAUCUUUUUUCAUGCACACACACACGGUCAGACUGGUUAAAAAAGACAUUUUUGUUGUGACAAAUGGUGCCCACUACCCACUCCAGCUCGCCUCAGCAUGGUCUGGUACUGUUUUCCAUUACUGUAGUAUCUCCUCAACGUGGGUGGAGUCAGCACAGCUGCACGAAACUGCCGUGUUAUAUACACGACACACACACAACUAGUGACUUGUAGGCUUGCGAUCGUGGCUUUUGUCAGUGUUGUCGCUAAAUACAUCAGACUCUGUUAAAUAUCCACAUGUGAUCGGAUCUCUUUUAGGUCAGAGGUCAAACCAGGUCUGAACAAGGUCUUUCGCUCUCCUCCUCCUCCUCCUCCUGCAUCACUGCGUGGACUUCAGACACUGCUUCUUAUGCCAAACAAACUCCGCUCGAGUUCUGUUCAAUGCCUUCUGUGACUCAAGAUUGUAUUUACAAUGAAGUCGGACGUCUGUUGUUUUUGUUUUGUUUUUUAGCAUGUGCCGGUACUGACAAAGCAAAGCAGUGUUCCUCUGACAGUGUUUUUGUAUUUAAUUUAAACAUUUUAAACAACUUCUCCAACUCACGCUAUUCACUGCUGUGUUGUUCUCAUUCAUUCGUUGUCUUUGUGAAUAAUUGCUACCAGACAACCUUCACACUUUCAUCGAUUCUUUGGAAGUUGUAUUGAUUUUCAGUUUCGUUCAUGCUCACAUCAGGAGAUCAUGACGUAGAAUGAAGUUUCAAAGCGGGACCAUGUCAUUUUUAAAAGUAAAUUCACAUAAUUGGCUCAGUUGAAUGAUUAGUUGAUUUACCACUUGAAAAUGAAUCUUGAUUUAAUUAUUAUUUAAUUAUGAUAGCCACAUAAGGAUGAGGAUUUCCCUGUUUUCCUUGUUAUACAUGCGAUUAUAUUGGAAAUACUGAAGAUUUUUGCUGUUGAUUGAUUAAAUUAAAAUACUGUGAUAGUAAACAAUAUUUUAGUACCACAAAGUGGAAAAAGUGACAUAAUUUAAUUUAAAUGACAUUGACGGCAUCUAAAGUUGAUAUAAUAUGACUAACAUUAACCGCCAUUAAACCACUAGCGUUUUCUUGUUUUUAUUUGUGAGAGGACGACCAUUUUACGUAGUCUCACUGUAAGAUGGAUCACAGGAGUACAGCACUUUAAAAAUGGAUGGAUGUCUCGUUUAUUUAUUAUCAAAUGACAUAUCUGUGCUGAAAGAACUGGAAGUGAUGUAAAUGAGUUUGAUCGAUUUGUGCAUUUUUAUGGCAAUAUUGUGUGGUGUUUACCUUUGGACUGGGAGGUACGUUACAACACAGGCUUGAAACUCUGGACUUAUGAAAUAUAUUGUGACUUAAACACUUUUACAGUUGUGUCCAUCAAAAAAACACCCAAAUAAUUCUCUCAAGGGUUUGCACAGAGUCUCUGCUAAGACUGUUUCAGACUUUUUUCUUUUUGAAUGGGAGCAUAUGCACUGUGCGCUGUGUGUACACUGUCCAAACACUGAGGGUGUUGUAUUAUUUCAUUCUGAGGGUGAAACCAGGGGUCACUGUGGGAUUACCUGGCUUUAAUCUGUAAUAAACAAGCAUUUACGCUCA